AUGUCUCAGUGUUUAUAUUCGAAUUCAAUCUUUUCGGCGACGAUACCCAUUUCUUUUAUUAUCUCUCUCGAAUACGAUUCCUAUUCCCUUCCAUGCCUGUAUAAUAAUAACAUAUCCACCAUGCGUCUCUCCAAGCGUCACUUCUCUCUUUCUCUUUCUCUUUGCCUCUCUGUAUUCACUUCCCCUGUAAAAUUUCAAUCAAGAAGACGAUUCCUCAACUCAUCAUCUGCUGGGUCAAGCCAGUUGUGUUUCAAGAGUUCGAUGGAAGAACACCGAGCUAGUGCUCUUAGUGAAAACGUGGUACAGUUUCACAAUGUUGGCUCAAGGGAUGGAUGUGAAGCUCCGCAUAAAUGGUCAUCCCCUGGAGGAGGAAAGAAAAUAGACUUGAAAAAACAGAUCUUCUGCAAUAGAUCGUUGAACAUGAGAAACAUCAUUGCAGUAGGCUUUGAUAUGGACUACACUCUUGCCCAAUACAAGUCUGAAACUUUUGAGUCCCUUGCUUAUGAAGGAACUGUCAGGAAAUUGGUUUAUGAUUUGGGGUAUCCAAGUGAGCUGCUAGAGUGGACGUUUGAUUGGAAUUACAUGGUUAGAGGCUUGGUGCUAGACAAAAAGAGGGGAAAUAUCUUAAAGAUGGAUCGCCACAAGUAUGUGAAAGUAGCUUACCAUGGGUUUAAGGAGCUCUCUAAAGAAGAUAAAGUUGAUAUCUAUGGCAGCAGCCUAAUACAAGAUUCUUUUGAUGAGCCCGACUACGCUCUCAUAGAUACCCUAUUUUCUUUGGCCGAAGCCUAUCUCUUUGCGCAACUUGUUGAUUUUAAAGAUAAUAACCCAGAAAAGAUUCCCAAGGACGUUGAUUAUGCUCGUAUGUAUAAAGAUGUUCGGGCUGCUGUUGAUUUGUGCCACCGUGAUGGAACUUUGAAGCAGAUGGUAGCAAAAGAACCUAAUAGGUAUAUCAACGAGGAUACUACGAUUGUACCACUUAUAAAAAUGAUAAGAGAUUCUGGACGUUCUACAUUCUUGGUGACCAAUAGUUUGUGGGACUACACAAACAUUGUGAUGAAUUUUCUCUGUGGAGGGCGCACAGUACAAGGUCCUCAUACUUGCAACUUCGAUUGGCUCCAGUAUUUUGAUGUUGUGAUCACUGGCAGUGCAAAGCCUGGCUUCUUCCAUGAAGAGAGUCGUGCCAACCUUUUUGAGGUGGAUCCUCAGUCUGGAAUGCUUAUUAAUACUGAUAACGGAACACCUAUGCCUCAGGUGGGAGAUCCUUCACCAAAAAUUUUACUGAAGAGUAAAGAUAAAGGUUGUCGAGUUUUUCAAGGUGGAAAUGUUGGGCAUCUUCACAGUUUGCUCUCUAUUGAGUCAAGUUCACAGGUUCUUUAUGUUGGUGAUCAUAUAUACGGUGAUAUCUUGCGCAGCAAAAAAGUACUUGGAUGGAGAACUAUGCUUGUUGUUCCAGAACUAGAAAAGGAGGUUGAACUUCUAUGGGAACUGAGGGAUAUGCGAAAGCAACUUAUUUUGAUGAGGAAUGAGCGUGAUUCAGUUGAAGACAAAAUCCAUCACUUGAACUGGUCCCUAAAGUUUGAAGAUAUUAACGAGAAUGAUAAGAAGGAAAUGUUAUCAGCGCUCAAAGACUUGGAGUCUAAAAGAGAUCAAGUACGCCAAAGUCAUCAACAAGCUCAAAGAGAAAAUCACCAAAAGUUUCACAAGGUCUGGGGGCAACUUAUGAAAACUGGUUACCAGAGUUCUAGAUUUGCUCACCAGGUUGAAAGAUUUGCAUGCCUGUACACAAGCCAAGUCUCUAAUCUUCGCUUGUAUUCACCAGACAAGUACUACAGACCAAGUGAAGACUUCAUGUCCCAUGAGUUUCAUCUUCUUCCUAUGGAUUGA